ACUUGGGGAAAAUGGAAACAGACGAAGCUCAAGAUAGAACCCAAGUUUCAGGGAAAGAAAGCCCUCCAUUAAGUGAUGUCCCAGAUGACGGUGAAGAGUCCAUGCCCGUGCCAGAGGACCUUUCGACGAGCUCAGGAGGGCAACAGAAUUCUAGGAAUGAGAGAGUUUUGGCUGCCUACGGGGCCGAAGGCUUUAGGGAUUUCCACGCCAUCCUCCCCAAAUCCUUUUCCCCCAGUAAUGUUAAAAUAGAGACACAGAGUGAUGAAGAGAAUGGGCGUGCCUGUGAAAUGAAUGGGGAAGAAUGUGCGGAGGAUUUACGAAUGCUUGAUGCCUCGGGAGAGAAAAUGAAUGGCUCGCACCAUGGCGGCAAAGCCAUGUCAGGCGCUGGAGGCAUUCGGCUCCCAAACGGAAAGCUAAAGUGUGAUAUCUGUGGGAUCAUUUGCAUCGGUCCCAAUGUUCUUAUGGUUCACAAGAGAAGCCACACUGGCGAACGCCCCUUCCAGUGUAAUCAGUGCGGGGCAUCCUUUACUCAGAAAGGCAACUUGCUCCGCCACAUCAAGUUGCACUCCGGCGAAAAGCCGUUCAAGUGCCACUUGUGUAACUACGCCUGUCGCCGGAGAGAUGCUCUCACAGGACACCUGAGGACCCAUUCUGUCGGCAAGCCCCACAAAUGCGGAUAUUGCGGUCGGAGCUAUAAGCAGCGGAGCUCUUUGGAAGAACACAAGGAGCGCUGCCACAACUAUUUGCAAACCAUGAACCUCUCCGGCGGUCUUUAUCCCGUCAUGAAAGAGGAAACAAGCCAGAGCGAAAUGGCCGAAGACCUGUGCAAAAUGGGAUCCGAGCGAUCCCUGGUGCUGGACCGACUCGCGAGUAACGUCGCCAAACGUAAGAGUUCUAUGCCUCAGAAAUUUGUGGGCGAGAAAUGCGUGUCCGACGCGACGUACGAUGCAACCCUCAGUUAUGAGAAGGAGAACGACAUGAUGCAAACCCACGUCAUGGAUCAGGCCAUCAACAACGCCAUCAGCUACCUAGGGGCAGAAUCGUUGCGCCCCCUGGUGCAAACCCCGCCAGGGGGCUCCGAAGUCGUGCCCAUCCUCAGCCCAAUGUACCAGCUCCACAAGCCCCCCGGGGACGGCCACCCUCGCCCCAAUCACGCCGCUCAGGACAGUGCGGUGGAAAACCUGCUCUUGCUCUCGAAAGUCAAAUCGAUUUCCUCCGAGAGGGACCCGUCCCCCAGCAACAGCGGCCACGACUCCACCGACACGGAGAGCAACAACGAGGAGCGCGGCGGUUUAAUUUACCUAACAAACCACAUCGCACCCCAUGCGCGCAACGGCCUCUCUCUCAAAGAAGAACACAGGCAGUACGACGUCCUGAGGGCCGGGAGUGACAGCUCUCAGGAUGCUUUCAAAGUCAUCAGCGGCAACGGGGAGCAAGUGAAAGUUUACGUCUGUGAACACUGUCGUGUCUUGUUCUUAGAUCAUGUCAUGUACACCAUCCACAUGGGCUGCCACGGCUUCCGCGACCCUUUCGAAUGCAACAUGUGUGGCUAUCGCAGCCAGGACAGGUACGAGUUCUCUUCUCACAUCACUCGAGGGGAGCACCGUUUCCGCAUGAGUUAAAACUUUCCCCAUGCAUUGGAGUUGCGCGGUGGC